UAGCUAGUUUCUAAAUAAAGCCUCUACGACCGAGACAGGCGUUCAUUAACAGAGGUCCGAUUUUUGUGUGUGUUUGAGCGCCCUGUUUGUAUUGUGUUAUCUGCAAUUUCUCACAUAGUGUUACAAUUGCAGCGUAAUAUAUAUUAAACAACAAUGAGUGACGCUGAGAAGGAAUUCGUGAAGCGGGAGUCCCGUUCGGCCUCUAGGAGCGCAAGUCCUAGAGGAUCUGCCAAGUCGGCCAGCCACUCACCGGAUCGCUCACCUGCUCAGUCAAAAGAGGGGUCCCACCACACUCGCUCCAAGUCUCGUUCUCGCUCCAGGUCCAAGACUCGGUCUCGUUCCCAUCGUAGCUCUCGCAGACAUUACAGUCGUUCCCGUUCACGCUCCCAUUCUCGCCGGAGACGUUCACGCAGCCGUUCAUACAGCAGUGAAUACCAACGCCGCCGCAGUAGUCACAGUCACUCUCCCAUGUCCAACCGUAGGCGACAUGUUGGUGACCGGGUGAGACAAAGAGCAAACCCAGACCCAAACUGCUGCCUGGGAGUUUUUGGCCUGAGCCUGUACACCACAGAGAGAGACCUGAGGGAGGUCUUCUCCAAGUAUGGCCCUCUGAGUGAUGUCUCCAUCGUGUAUGACCAGCAGUCUCGGCGCUCCAGGGGUUUUGCUUUCGUUUACUUUGAGAACAGAGAAGAUUCCAAAGAGGCUAAAGAGCGUGCAAAUGGUAUGGAACUAGACGGCCGAAGAAUUCGAGUCGACUAUUCUAUUACAAAGAGGCCUCACACACCUACUCCUGGAAUAUAUAUGGGCAGACCAACAUAUGGCGGAGGCCCAAGUGUAAGUCGCCGCCGUGAUUCCUAUGAUCGAGGCUACGACCGUGGAUAUGACCGUUAUGAUGACCGUGACUACUACAACAACAACAACAACAACAGGUCAUACAGGAGAAGAUCCCCUUCUCCCUACUACAGCCGAGGACCAUACAGGUCACGAUCACGCUCUCGUUCCUACUCUCCUCGUCAUUACUGAAGUGAAGUUCAACGCUUUUCACCCUUCCUGAAGACUAUGAUUACAAUGCCAUUGUUGACGUAGAUGUUUAUUUCUGGUGGCAUGAGUUUGGAUGUACUUUAAACUCAAUCCCUUCGAUUUCUUGCCUAAAGGUUUCAUGUGUCUUUGGCCGGUCUGGAUGUUUCAGUAGUUGGAUGAAUAUUUUUGCAGUGUUUUUUUUUUCCAUUUCUGAUAUGAUGCAGAAUUUGUUUAUUUUAUAAUAUGAUAGUGUCUGACUUACACCUCAUUUGUUUUAUGCAUUUUAAGCUUAGCGGUGGUCUUGCAAUAAAAUGCUUUAUACCCAC